AUGGCGCCCAAUCCGCCAGACGGCAGCGCUGCGAGAGGAGACCGCGACAACUCGUCGCUGCUGCUCCCGACCGCCUACGACGACGAUGCAUCGUCAAUCAACAGCCGAGACCAGGACACGGACAGCGAGGACGAUGCGCUGCAGCAGCGGGCGAGGAACAGCCGCGAGCUGCGGGCGCACGACCGCAUCGUGCUGAUGGAGGAGGAGGAGCUGGACCAGCUGGUGACAGACUCGCGGCGCAAGCAGGAGCUGGUGCGGCGCGGGUCUGCGCUGGCCCUGCCGCUGCCGAAUCCCUUCCGCGGCCUGGGGCGCAAGCCGAGCCUGGGCAGCAUGUCGACGGCCGGCAGCUCCAACGAGAACGUGACGGGGGCUUCCGAGAAGAGGGGGGCGUCGCGGACGAGGCGGAACACGAAGCGCGAGAGGCUGAUGGAGGAGGCGCAGCACGGCGAGGACGGCAGGCUGAUGUACGAGAUGGAGGAGGGCGGCAUGAAGGAGGGCAGCUCGACGGGCGAGAGCAGCGAGAGCGACGAGUACGACCGCCGGACGCUCAAUGCCCUUGCGCACGCAAAGAGCCAGCGCGGACGGAGCUGGCGGCGGUGGCUCUUCAUCCACUCGCUCAUCUUCAUCGGCUUCGCCAUCCUCGUGCUGGCCGCCUGGAAGCUGUCCAAGGGCCGCCGGUCGUCGAGCUCCAUCAAGGCACACCUGACGAGCAACGGCACCGCCCUCUUUGCGCCGACGACCAUCAUCAUCAGCCUCGACGGCUUCCGGGCCGAUUUCCUGCAGCGCGGACUUACCCCACGGCUGAACGCCUUUGUCAAGGAGGGCGUCUCGCCCAAGUGGAUGCACCCGUCGUUUCCCUCGGUCACCUUUCCGAACCACUACACGCUGGCUACCGGCCUGUACCCCGAAGCUCACGGCAUCGUGGGCAACACGUUUUGGGAUCCGGAGCUCCAGGCCGACUUCCACUACACGGAUCCCGCGCGGAGCCUGGACCCCAAGUGGUGGGGUGGAGAGCCGUUCUGGGUGACGGCCGAGAAACAGGGCGUGUCGAGUGCGAUUCACAUGUGGCCCGGCAGCGAAGCACAUAUUCUACACCUGGAGCCCGAAUACGUGGACAAGUUCAACGGCAAGGAGGAGCUCGACAACAAGGUCUCGAGGAUCCUGGGAUGGCUGGACCUGCCUGGCCGGGAGAGCGGGCUGGCAGCAGGGACCAAAGGCACGCGACCGCAGCUCAUUGCGGCGUACGUGCCCAACGUGGACAGCGAUGGCCACAAGUACGGGCCCAACAGCACGGAGAUACGAUCCACCAUCCAAGAGGUGGAUGCCAUGAUGGAUAAAAUUUUCAAGGGGCUCGACGCGCGGAACCUGACGCACAUUGUCAACGUGAUUGUCGUGUCGGACCACGGCAUGGCUACGACGGACACGACUCGCUUGCUGCAGCUGGAAGACCUCGUCGACACGUCCAAGAUUGAGCACAUUGACGGCUGGCCGCUAUACGGGCUCCGACCAAAGAACCCCGACGAUUUGCAGGGCAUGUACGAUGGGCUGGCGGAAAAGGCAAAGUCCAACUCCAACUUUGACGUCUACCUCCGCGACGUGAACAUGCCCGAGCGCUAUCACUUUACACAGAAUGACCGCAUCGCACCGCUGUGGAUUGUGCCCAAGACGGGCUGGGCGAUUGUCACAAAGGAUCAGCUCGAUGUUGAGGAUGCAAAGGCGAAUGGGGACGUGUAUCAUCCUCGGGGGUUGCAUGGGUAUGACCAUGAGCAUCCGCUGAUGAGGGCCAUUUUCAUCGCGAGGGGGCCUGCAUUUCCGCACCCUGCGAAUAGCCAGGUCGACGUUUUUCAAAACAUCGAGGUCUAUAAUUUGUUGUGCGACUCCCUUGGUGUGAGGCCCAAGCCCAACAACGGAACGCUGCGACUGCCGUUGAAGCCUAUCGGGACGCACGAUGGUGAUGAAGAGCCCAAAAUCCCCGAAGAUCCAGUGACGUCUUAUACCGUCAGCUCGACUUCUUCAGUGUCUGUGAAGACGCAGACCAUUCCCCGUCCGUCAGUGCCCCCUAAGCCGACUACCUCAAUCUCGACCUCGACCUCGACCUCAGCUUCUCUAUCGUCAACGUCUUCUACGUCGGCUACGUCAUCAUCACAGUCAUCUUCAUCUUUAUCAAGACCGCAUUCAAGUACAAGCACGGCAGCACCUACACCUACUCAAACACCUCAAGACGACGAAGACGGACAAGACUCUUCUGGCUCGUUGAAGGACACUGUGGCUGGCCUAUGGGAUUGGGUGUCGAAAGAGCUCGGCAAAGUCUGGCAUAAGAUUACGGAUGGUUCGGGUUGA